CCGGCGUGGGAAGAAGACGCAGAUAAUAAUCUUCUGCAGCGCAUCAUCCGCUCGUGACUUGCAGAACGGCUUUGAUAAUGCGAUUGGAUGGUCUGGGAAGGCUCUGCUGACUGUUGAGUAUACCAGCAACCGGCUCAAGAUGCCUCUUACUUUCUGCCCGAACUGCAGCAAUGCACUGACGAUUUCCCGCGCUGAUCCAUCCCCCCAGUACCCGCUGGGGGUUAACCGCUUCGAAUGCCGCACCUGCCCGUAUCAGUAUGUCCUGUCGCGGGACUGGUUUGAGAAGACGGCGAUGAAACAGAAAGAAGUCGAGGACGUGUUUGGCGGGAAGGAGGAGUUUGCAAACGCAGACAGCGUUGCAACCCAGUGCCCGGCCGAAAACUGCAAUGGCGAUCGUGCAUACUUCUUCCAGCUGCAGAUUCGAAGCGCGGACGAACCGAUGACUACAUUCCUCAAGUGUACCACGUGUGGUGCAAGAUGGAGAGAAAACUAGAGAUUUUCUCAUUCCAUCAACCCUUCUACUCUUCUGUGUAUGAAAGUACGAAGUACGAAGUACUUUGGCACCACAGGAGAGGUAAUGAUGUACACGGCUCUGAUCGCAGCAUCAUCAUCAGAAAAAAAAAAUAGCACGCAAACCCAAAUGGCGCAUGCGUAGAUUGGAGCUACAUGAUUGGGUACCUGGAAGUUGGACAAAAAUAGAGUCGCCCAGAGAUACCCCUCAGUUGCCGAUAGCGACCACAGAUGUCGAUAGGAAACAAAGAACCAGAAUUUGGAAGUGUUUUUUUAUUCAAUAUAUAGAGGUAUAUAUAAUAUUAAUAUAUAUUAUGAGUCUAAAUUAAUUAAGAAUCAAUCACUGCCAUGGAAUAAGAC